AUGUUCAAAAUACUUUGUUCCCUGCGACGCUCCUUGUGCUUAUUUGCCAAAUCGGAGCCUAAGACUCCAGCAAGCUGUAUAUCUAGGAUUUGGUUCGGUCCCCUUCCCAAGGAUUCCACCUGGAUUAAGCCUGGUCGCCUACACUACCUUGAAAGUGAUGUGGAAAAGCAAGUGGACAUUAUAAAAACCAUAGAUGGUGUGGUGGUGCUGUUGUACAACAAAUCCCGGGAGAAACUGAUCUUCGUACGGCAGUUCAGGGGAGCGGUUUACCAGGGCAUUUAUUCAGCAGGAAGUUCAGCCAUGGCCGAAGGAGAAGCCAAUCUGGAGAAGUGUCCUCCGGAAAUGGGGGUAACUUUGGAACUCUGUGGUGGGGCCGUUGACAAGGAUAUGAGCCUAAAGGAAAUAGCCAAGGAGGAAGUCCUGGAAGAGUGCGGCUACGAGGUGCCCACGGAAUCCUUGCAGCAUGUUUUUGAUUAUAGAUCGGGCAUUGGAACGUCUAGCGCUGCUAUGACUUUGUAUUACUGCGAGGUGUGCGAUGAUCAGAAGGUCUCGGAGGGCGGUGGAGUGGAUAUGGAGAACAUCCAGGUGUUGGAGCUGUCUGUGGAGGAGUCAAGGAAGCUGGUGCAAACAGGAGCCACCACCAAUGGGGGUCCCUCCUGCUUGCUGGGACUACUAUGGUUCUUUCUCUAUAAAGAUCCCAAGGCAGCCACUUAAUAACGAAAGACUUAUAAUGAUAAUAUUGCUUAAAUAAAUUAAGUAGAGCUUAAAAAUAA